AUGAGAAGUCCCAGCCAGUUGACUACGUCGGAUGCGGCGCACGAAGAGUUGCGCGAUCAGGCUCUCGAAUACCACUCGUCGCCGACUCCUGGUAAGGUGUCGAUGCACUUGAGUAAGCCGGCAGAUACUUCGUUGGAUCUUGCCUUGGCGUAUUCUCCUGGCGUGGCCGAACCCUGUCGUGAGAUUUUCAAAGAUCCGAAGACUGCCUUCACGUACACAUCAAAGGGCAACUUGGUGGGUGUUAUUUCGAACGGCACUGCAGUACUGGGCUUAGGAAACAUAGGACCGCUGGCUUCGAAACCGGUUAUGGAGGGGAAGGGGGUCCUGUUCAAGAGGUUUGCUGGUAUUGACUGUUAUGAUAUCGAGGUGGACACUACCAAUGUUGAUGAAUUCGUGAACGUGGUGAAAGCUAUUUCAGUAACGUUCGGUGGAAUCAACUUGGAAGAUAUAAAGGCACCAGAGUGCUUCGAAAUCGAGAGGCGACUGGUGGAGGUUUGUAAUGUCCCUGUUUUUCAUGAUGACCAGCACGGUACUGCCAUUGUUACUGCAGCAGCCAUGAUUAAUGCGCUGGAUAUCGCCGGCAAGAAGAUAGAGUCGGCCAAGCUUAUAUGUCUGGGAGCUGGCGCGGCGGCUAUUGCUUGUCUGAAACUGCUGGUGGAGAUGGGCUUGCCAAGAAAGAAUGUGUUCUUGGUUGACUCUAAGGGGGUUGUCUACGAAGGCCGCGACGGCAUCAACAAAUACAAGUCAGAGUUCCAGAGACUGAAGGAAUGGCAUCACCAACAAUCCAUGCCCAAAACACUCUCAGAGGCCAUCGAGAACGCGGACGCCUUCCUUGGGCUCUCCGGACCCGGUCUACUGAGUCCUGAGAACUUGAUGAAAAUGGCGAAGAGCCCCGUGGUCUUCGCCUGCGCCAAUCCGGACCCCGAAAUUAUGCCUGAAGUCGCUAAACAGCAUCGCCCGGACGUUCUUAUUGCUACCGGACGCUCCGACUACCCGAACCAGGUCAAUAACGUUCUUGGCUUCCCCUUCAUCUUCCGUGGUGCGCUCGAUGUGAGAGCCACCAAAAUCACUCACGCCAUGAAGGUCGCCGCCUGCAAGGUUCUUUGCGAUAUUGCCAAAGAUCCUGUCCCCGAAAGCGUUGCCAAGGCUUACGGAGGGGAGCACUUUGAAUUUGGUCCCGAUUACUUUAUUCCCAAACCCCUGGACCCCAGACUCCUGCCGAAAAUGAGCCACGCCGUUGCCAAGGCGGCCAUUGAUUCUGGUGUAGCCACAGCACCUUAUCCCGCCCAUUACCCGCUUACCAGCGCUGAUAACGUGUUGCCUGAGUACCACCACCUCCCCGCUACUUCUCCCAACCGCUUGUACGUCAAGCAUUAA